AUGGUUGAUGCUGCCAAUCGUGGAUGGCGUGAUAAAAAUAGUUUAUUAAGCAAGCAAACUGUAGAAAACAGAAUACUUUCCGUUCUUAAUGCAAAAUUUGGGAGUGAAUGGACUUAUAAGGAGUAUACAAACACUUUUGCUGAUUAUGAAGACUUGAGAAUUGCAAUUGGAAAUGGAGCUGCAACUGGGAAACAUUCAAUUGGAUUAGGAGAGGAAACUGAUGUAAGAAUAUUUGACUUAGAAGAAAAUAGAGAUGGUGAUUUAGACAACCUGACAUAUGAUCUCACGACCGAGACAUUCAUACCAAGUGAUAUACAAGAAACUUCACUGCAGUCUCCCACUUUAAGCAAUUUUACUUCAUCAUUACCUUUUCAGAACAUGAGUUCAGGGGUUCCUCCAACAACAACAAAAAGAAAUAGAAUGGACUUUGAUGGAAAAUCUAGUUCUUUUGAAACUAACAGAUCACAAGCAUCAGUCUUGGAGAAAAUCAAUCAAAGUAUUAACAAGUUGAAUCAAAGUAUCGAUUCAAUUGGUACUAAAGAUUAUAGUUGUUGGGAUAUUAUCAAGGAGAUUCCAAACUUGGAUAAGCAAGCUCAAUAUAAGGCAUUGAAAUUGGUAAACACUAGAGCAAAGAAGAUCGAGUUCUUCAAAAUGACACCCCAAGAGCAUUUCGACUAG